UUAAAUCAUUCAAUUGAAGCUUUUCAACGUGAAAACAUACUUUGCAAGUUCCUUAAAGCGUAAACUUUAAAUUAUUAUUUUUUUGUGAAUAUACUUUGUGUUAUCUCCUAAAUUAUCAUACAUAAAAAUGAAAUUCUUAGUAGCACUUUCAUCACUUCUUUUCUUCGUUGUCAUUGCAACUGCCUUCCCAUAUAACUCAUACAGCACGUUCACAGGAGAUUUCGGUGGACCAUCAGCUUUCGGGGGUUCAUUCCCAAGCGCAUCCCUCAUACAAGACAAUAGAAGCAACAGAGGUAACCAAGGUCCAGUAGUCUUCCCAAUGCCACCAACAGAUGGACCAAUGGAAACAUCAGGUGUAGUAAUUGGAGCUUCAGGCUUUGGAUUCGUGCCUCCAUCAGCUGGUGCAAAUUUAGAAUUCCUUAAAAUGAUAAUGGCUAGUAGAAUGGCUAAUAUGAUUGCGUAGAUACUUAAUUGAUGGAGCAUUAAUUAGUAUGUAGAGCGAGCACCUUUAAAGAAUGACUUUUGUAAAAAAAUGCACCUCUUAUGAGCUAUUUUCAGUUACUUCUUUCACGACAUCCUGUCUCAUUUCCUUC